UUGACAUCAUUCAUUGUAAAUAUUUAUAUUCCGUUGCAAUUUUCAAUCUAUGAGGAUUGUGGUAAAGUUGUACUAUGAGCAAUAGUACCGCUAUUCGUUAAUGACGUCAGUCUUCCAAACAUCGUUCUUCUGUCUCACUUAUUCUUCUCUUCACUCAUUUCGCUCUCUUUCCUUUUCAGACGUUCUCUCUCAUUCUCUCUCUACAAACAUACGCUCACUCGCCUUUCCAGACACAAACUACUCAUCAUAAACCUUCCCACCCUCUUUUCUGCUUGUCUCUUUCUUUCUCUUUCUCUCUCUCCACUUCACAUACACACCUCUAUCUUAUACAAACACACACUCGCCUCUCUCUCUCAGUCUCACUUUAACACACAAUUAUGGAAGACGACGAAGAGGAAACUUUCAGUCUUGGACUUUCUGAUAUUGUCAUAAAUACACCGGAAGAUGAAAUGGAAAAGAAACCAUCACUUACUGAACUUGAGCUGAAUGAAGCAUACCUGUAUUGCACCCUACCUCAUGUUGUUGCUUCUGACCCAGAAAUGAAUAUUAUCUAUGCUAAAACACUACCAGUUAGAAAACGACGUACAAACUACAAUCAAAAUGCCAAAGCUAGGAGUUAUAGCACCUCUGGUAAAGUGGAAGAUAUCACACUUGAAUCUCUGCUAACCUCCACUGAUACCAAUGAAACUGCACCUAAGAUCUUCAAGCAGAGUACCAUUCGUUUUUUACCAAAGAAUAUGACAUUUAAAAAGAAACUUUGGCAAUAUAUUGAGGAGGAAAAGAAACUGUCUAAAUUUCAAUCUUGGAAAAAAGAAAGAAAACAGAAAUGGAAUCACUUUAAAGCAGAUGUACGAAACAGUAUGAAGACAUGGGGCCUCUGGUCAAAUUCUAUUAAAGCCAUCAAAGGUGAAUACGGUAAUGCAAUGGUGUCAUUUUUCCAUUUCCUGCGAUGGUUGGUCACACUGAAUUUCCUGUUGAUGCUCAUCAUGCUGUGUGUAACCACCUUUCCUUUUGUGUCUUCCUAUAAACACCUAGACUUUAGCUUUUACGUGGAACAUUCUGAUGAAGAAUGGUUUAAAAGCAGUCAGUAUGUUCAGGAUGCUAAGUACUGUUCAGAGAAUUAUUCUGACUUCACAAAGGAGGAAUUAAAGAAGAGGAAGGUUCAUGAACACAUCAAAGAUGCCCUUCAAGGAACUGGUUUCAUGGAGAACACAGUAUUGUUCUACGGCAGUUACCACAAUAUUACUGUAGCAGGCAACAAUUACAACAUGUCCCUGGCUUAUAUACUGGCUACUUUGGCAUUCUUUUUUGUCAGUUUUAUUGCCAUAAUUGUCAGUAUUGCCAAAGGAAUCAAAGAGAGCUUGAUCAAUCAACUCAGUACUGGUGUACCAUUCUCCCAGAAAGUGUUUGCAUCCUGGGACUUCUGUAUGAAGAAUGACAAAAUAGUCUGCUGGAAGAAAACCUGCCUUCUUCAAGAGUUACGGGCUGAUCUAGCUACUCAAAGAGAAUUAUGGGAAAAAUCCAACCGAUCAUUUAGGACAAAAGUUAAGCUAUAUUCUACCAGAUUCCUCUUAAACAUGAUAGUCCUGUGUAUUCUAGUUGGCAGUUUAGCUUUGAUAUACUAUAGCAGUGACUUCCUCAUCUCACUUCAAAAAGAUGCUUUUGAAAACACUUUCAAAGAGUUACUGGUUCAAUUCUUACCAUCUUUGAUAAUCAGCCUACUCAAUGUUCUUGUCCCAACUGUCUUCAAUAUUAUAAUUCGAUAUGAAGGUUAUACAUCAUCAUUUGAGGUGAAGCUGAAGCUACUGAGAAUUGUGCUACUACGUCUUGCAUCUGUGGCUGUCUUGUUGUUUUCCUUGUAUGACAAGUUGAUUCAAAACUCUGGCAAAAGUAUUUGCAAUUUUAAGAACCAGGAGGAAAUUAAGUGUUGGGAAACUUAUGUAGGACAACAAUUUUAUAAAUUGAUUAUUUUGGAUUUUGCUAUUGUCGUUUUCGUCAACAUGGUCAUCCAUACUUUGCGUAGGCUGGUCUAUAAUUAUUUCCACAAAGGAGAUGAUCAGUUAGAUUCUAGUGUGGAAGAUAGAGAGGUUGUAAACGAUGUCAACAGCAAUGCUUGCAGGAGAGGUUUCUCACGUUUUAUUCAAUUUGUUGGACCUCAAGAAUUUGAACUUCCUCAGAAUGUUCUAGAUAUUGUCUAUCUUCAGUCUCUCUGUUGGCUUGGUACCUUUUUUAGCCCAUUGAGUCCUGCUAUAAUCACUGUGCAGCUUUUCUUAGUUUUCUAUGUAAAAAGGUUUACUCUGACAUAUAACUGUGUUCAAGCUGUCCGACCAUUCCGCUCAUCAAAGUCCAAUUCCCUGUUUAUGUUUGCUGUACUGCUUUCCUUUGCUUUCUGUAUAUUACCAAUCAGUUUUGUAAUUGGCUCGAUUGAACCUUCGAAAAGUUGUGGUCCAUUUCGUGUGUACAGUGAGACAGAGUUUUCCAUGUUCACUACACUGUCGAACCUAGUUAACAGUUGGCCAGAUAUACUUGCUAAAAUUCUGAACCUCAUAUUUACACCAGCCAUCAUGGUUCCAUUGAUAAUCAUCAUAUGUUUCUUCAUCUACUAUAAUUUCAUCGUCAUAAAGGGCUACAUAAGAAUGGAGGACCUUCUAAGAGAACAGUUAGUUUUGGAUGGCAAAGAUAAACGUUUCCUCCUGAACAAAUUGAAAAAAUACAAAACUAUCUCAAAACUUUAACUUCAAGGAAUAUCUGUUGCAACUCUUUCUCCUUCUUUAACUGCUUCAGCACUUCCUUCUCUCUCUUUUCUCUGUCUAUCCAUCUAUCUAUCUAUCUUCCCUAUCUUCCCUGUCACUCUCUCACCCAUUUUUUUGCAGUUCUUAUUUCUUUCCUUUUCUCUUGAUCCUCCUUUAUCUCUGUGGCACUCUGAAAUAUUUUCUUGAAAUAAAUAGAUUAUCAACUUCUCCAGUUUUGUAAGAGUCUCAGGUAGGUUAAGACUGGUAGAUGGUUGCCUUUCAACCUGAUGAUCAGUAGUUCAUAUCCUGUCGUUGAGGCUAUGCCAUAACUUUUGCUCAAAUAACCAAUUUUUCAUUGACACAGUCCAUAUGGUAAUGUAGAAAAUUCUGGGACCACUAUGUAAAAUAUGAUAGCAUUGGUUUCAUACUUUCAUGACACUGAAGCUUGAACUCUUCAAGGGAGCACUGUUAGGAACAGCCCCUUCUGAAAUCAACAAGGAUUAGACUUGGCCUUAUGUAUUGUCUCUACAUGAUAUAAAACAUAUAUAAUGAUUGCCUGGUCCUCCUUCACUGAUGUAGACUUUCUGAAUCUCUUUCCACUGCUCUACUCUCCUUUUGGAAUCAGUGAACUAAUAAAAUACUUGAUUCAACAAUGAAGUCAAUGAGUAGUAGAUUCUUGUUCCUGAGUGAUGCCUCAUCAAAAAACAAAUUUCUUUAUUGUAUUUUAACCCCUUAACAUUCAGAUCAUUCUGUUAUAUAUAUUGCUUAUUUAUUCAUAUUGUUUUGAAUUAAUCAUACAUCAUUUUGUAGCUUUGAGAUUUUCACAAUGUAGUUGCUUAUUUUUAGGACAUUGUAGAAGUGCGAGAUGUUGCAUCUCGCUGGUUGGAACAUAAAACAGGUAGAAUAUUUAGGCUGGAUAUGGCUGGUUUGAAUGCUAAAAGGUUAAUAACUAUUUGUUUUAUCUUCAAAGAUACGUGUUUGUAUGUGUGUGUGUGUGUGUAUCUUUGUUUAACAUACACUUUUCCAUGUUUGUUUGUGUCAGAUAAAGUUUAUUGAAGUGGAUUUUCUAUGCCCAGAUGCCCUUCCUGUUGCCAACCCUGUCACUUGUGUUUCCAAACAAGGUAAUAUUUCCCAUGGCCAGACAUUGAAAUGAAGAACAUGAUUUGUGUAACAGUGUUGUUCAUUUACAACUAUCACAUGUUGUCUCAACAAGAGUACAAACACACGCAUGACAUAAUAAUUUUGUCAAGAAUUGACCCAACUGUGAUUCUGUCCUGGUGCAUUCAUUUAAAAUAAAUUUUCAACCUUGCAAUAGAUGACCACACUUUUGGACAUAAAGGACAGCUAGCACUGUUGAAGUUCUAUACUUAUAAACAUCCUGUGUUGGUCUUCUGAUAUGUGACUUAUGUAUACAACAUGUGUAGCUUUUCAAAAUAUGAAGCAAGCACAAACUGCAGGCCAGAUUAUCUCUGGACACUCUCCAAUACAAAACUGCCACAGCCUGUAGUUUUGGAGGUAUUAUGACUUGCUGUUUGAUGAGCAAUUCAGUAUUUCUCAAACAGUAAAGUGUUGUUCUAAGUUACAGUCCACCAUUUGCUUUUUUUCAGUGCCUACAAGCACUAUAAACACAUGCAGCAGCAGCAACAAUAAUGACAACAACAAUCUUGAUAAACAG